CUGUUGCCCUUUUAAAUGUGUGAGAGGGUGCUGGAGGCUGGUACAAAGGGAGCUGCCGCCGCUCCUGCUUCCUCCACCGGCUCAGGCUGCUCCCCGCCAUCUUCCGCCCAGCAGGCGCGGCCGGGUCAGGCCGGGCCGGAGCCGAGCUGCGCGGGGCGCGUGAGGCGAGGUGGCGCAGGCCCGGGCCCGGAGAUGAGGCCAGGAUGUCGGUGUCAGGGCUCAAGGCCGAGCUGAAGCUCCUCGAGUCCAUCUUCGACAAGGACCACGAGCGCUUCCGCAUCGUCUCCUGGAAGCUGGACGAGCUGCACUGCCAGUUCGUGCUGCUGCCGCCGCCGCCGGGGAGCAGCCCGCCGCCGCCGGCGCCGCUCACCAUCCACUGCAACAUCACGGAGUCUUAUCCCUCUUCAUCACCAAUAUGGUUUGUGGAAUCAGAUGACCCAAACCUGACUUCAGUGUUGGAGCGAUUAGAAGAUAUUAAGAAGAGCAAUACUCUGCUUCUUCAACAACUGAAGCGAUUGAUAUGUGACCUCUGCAGAUUAUACAACCUUCCUCAACAUCCAGAUGUUGAGAUGUUAGAUCAGCCAUUACCAACAGGACAGAAUGGAACGACGGAAGAAGUAACGUCGGAGGAGGAGGAGGAAGAAGAUAUGGGUGAAGACAUUGAAGACCUAGAUCACUAUGACAUGAAGGAGGAAGAGCCUGUUGAUGGAAAGAAAUCUGAGGAUGAAGGCAUUGAAAAAGAGAACCUUGCAAUUUUAGAAAAAAUCAGAAAGAAUCAAAGACAAGACCACCUAAAUGGUGCAGUGUCUGGGUCAGUCCAGGCUUCAGAUCGACUUAUGAAAGAGCUCAGGGAUAUAUACAGAUCACAGAGUUAUAAAACAGGGAUUUAUUCAGUGGAACUUGUAAAUGACAGCCUGUAUGAGUGGCACGUUAAACUUCUAAAAGUUGAUCCUGACAGCCCGUUACAUAGUGAUCUUCAGGUCUUAAAAGAAAAAGAAGGUGUAGAAUACAUUUUGCUCAACUUCUCAUUUAAGGAUAAUUUUCCUUUUGAUCCACCCUUUGUGCGAGUGGUAUCUCCUGUGCUCACAGGAGGGUAUGUCCUGGGUGGGGGUGCAUUAUGCAUGGAACUUCUUACUAAACAGGGCUGGAGUAGUGCCUAUUCAAUAGAAUCGGUCAUCAUGCAGAUCAAUGCCACUUUAGUCAAAGGAAAAGCCAGAGUACAGUUUGGAGCCAAUAAGAACCAAUAUAAUCUAGCAAGAGCACAGCAGUCCUAUAAGUCUCUAGUACAAAUACAUGAGAAAAAUGGCUGGUACACUCCUCCAAAAGAAGAUGGUUAAUAUUGUGGACUGUUGUACACCUGGACCAAUGUCAAACAGCUCUUUUUUAUUUCUUUCCAACACACACACAGACUCAAGCUACGAGUGCCCCUAUAACAGCCGUACUGAAGACUUUAGCUAUUAGAUAAGUUAGUGGAUAAUCU